UCUGAUCUCAAGACAGCGGCCCCGAGAACUGCAAGGGUUGCCGGAACACACGCCCAGAGCUUCCUGAGAAUGACAACCCCCCUCGGGAAUACAUUAAACAAGCAUCGCAAUCAGCAGCACACAGCAAACUUAAGUUCAAAACAGAUCGGAGUGAGUGGAUAACAUUGGAUACAUUUCAUGGAUGGUGCAGUGCAAUGUAAAAGUGUUUAAAAACUGAGAUUUCUUCAUGGCAUGCUUUAAAGGAUGCUUCGGUAACAGACCACCGGUUGAUGUGAAACGAAGAAGACCAAGUGCUUACGGUGUAAUCACAGAUCUAGACAUUAAAGAUGGGAAGACGAGAAAUGCAUUAAAUAUUAAACUGCAAAUGGAGAUCACUGAGGUCCUCUCAGAAGCCACCUACGGCCUGACUCCAGAAGGUGUUGACAGUAGCCAUUAUGAAGCUCAAGACUUCUUUGCCUUUAAAGAAAUCCUUGGGAGUGGCGCCACAGGCGUGGUCUUUCGAGCAGUGUUUAAACCAAGUGGCCAGGUGUUUGCUGUCAAGUUCAUCCCAAAUUUUCGACAAAUUAAAGUGAUGGUAAUUCGAGAGUUAACAGUUUUGAAAUUUAGCAGUUUAUGUAAAUACCUAAUAGGAUUCCAUUCCCAUUUCCGAGUAGAUACUAAUAUGUAUUUCGUCAUGGAGCUAUGUGAAGGGGGCACACUGGAAGAUUUACUAGAGCCAAAACAUUUGAUGCCACCCAAAUUAGCCAGAAUUUAUCUCAAAGAGAUUUCCUCUGCAUUGUUUUUUCUUCAUCGCAUGAGAAUCGUUCACAGAGAUGUUUAUUUAGCGAAUUGUCUGCUGACUUCAACAGCUCAUUUGAAGCUUUGUGACUUUGGAUUAUGUCGUACAGUAGAUGAUCCACAAGGGGAGAUGAUGACAGACUGUGGAAAGCCGUGGAUUAGAGCUCCUGAAAUGUAUUUGGACAAACCAUGCAGUUUUGGCAUAGAUUGGUGGAGUGUCGGUAUUUUGCUAUAUCGCUUUAUAACGGGCUGUAAUCCAUUCAACUGUGAUAAAUUAACUCAGGGGUAUCAAAGUGUUACGAAGCUGAAAGAGAAAUACCCGGAGUGGCUAUUUACAGACAAAGAUGCUUUGGACCUGUGCCAGAAGUUGCUUAUCAAAGAACCGAAACGAAGACUCUGUGCAGAGAAUGAAAUACAUGAUAUAAAGAGCCAUUCUUACUUCAUGAAUAUAGACUGGAAUGAAAUUGAAAACAUGGCAGACAUUAUAGAGCAAGAAAUGCUUGGAGAUGUUGAGCGUUAUCUGGUGGUCAUAGCUCGAAUGUCCAGUAUUCUUGGAAUCAACACAGAGAACUUGGCUGCCAAUGUAACGAAAGCUCGGGGCAGCGUUAGCUCAUUGGAAAGGGGAGACAAGACUAAAAUGUUGUCAAAUGCAUUAAAGAAAAUUAUGCCAAUGACCGCCACACCACUUAAUGGGGACUGGUCAACACGACGAACUACUGAGUCAUCUGUCUGAAUGUCUUCUAGGUAUUUUCAGUGCAGACAUUCAACCAAACGUAUGUUUGACAAACUUUAUGGUCGAGAAGCGAACAACCUACACAUUGCUAGCAUGCAAUUACAAACUGGUAUUCUACCAAGUACAAGGGAACAUUCAACAGAAUAUAUAAAUAUAUGACCAUACAAAAAUAUAUGACAUUCUAUCUACAAGAACAGGUAGGCCUAAAAUCAGCACUUGAUGUAGAUAGCCAAUCAAGAUCUGUGUAUUUUUUGUCUUGCCGCCAAGAUUUCGUAAUGUACCAAGUACUAUGCGGCACAAGUUGUUUGUGUUAGUGUUGUUUUACUAUGGUUGAUAUUUUGUAAAGUAUCUAUUGUUUUAACAAAAAAGGCUGUUUCAUACAAUUUUGACCCACCUUCUCAAGAAUUUCAUAGUUUAAUGGAUAAUGAUAUUUAUAGGAACAUGGAUAGAACAAAGUAUUUGCCAUGUCGUUGGAUAUACAGGAAGCAAUAGAACUAUAUAUAUAUAUAUAUAUAUAUCCAGGUUUUCAAAACUGUCUCAGUUUAUUCUGUGUCCGCCGAGUUGCAAUAUGGCCACAAAAUAUUUAAUCAAAUAUGAAUAUUAGUAUCUAGUUUGAAAUUCAGUGUUUAAUUUUGAAAAAGCCGCAUAGGAAUAUAUGGUCUAACUAUUUUGAUCAUCAUCGCCAUUGUCAAACUUCGUUUUAGGGCUUAAUUUUAAGAAGCUCGUCAUCUCUUUUUAAAAGACAAUGGGAAAACCUGCAGUGGAACAGUUAUUCUUAGUUUCCAUUCAAGUCAAGAGCAGGUCACAUUUUAGACCAGCUGAAUUUGGCAAGUCUGGAGCAAGCAUUAUGGCAUGGCUUGUUUCCAUUGAACUGUGUGCAUUUCCUAUUUAUAGCUGUUUGGUUUAUUAUUUCUUUUAUAUUGUUACUGUCAUUAGUAUAAGAUCUUAGUGAUAAUAGUCCAGUUUGAAAGUUAGUUUGAAAAUAUAAAUUAGAGAAACAUUAAGUUUUAAAGUUGCUUUUGAGAUAGAAUGGGAGUAACAGAAAAUUUUAGUUUAAAAUUAAGAAGUUACACAAGUUGUUGUUUUUUUUAUCAGCUUCCAAAAGACACACGUGGGUCUGCUUGAAAUAGUGCAGAAUCGAAGACCUUGUGUUCUUUUUAUAUUUUAUAGGCCUACGUUUUUUGUUUUUCAAAUUUCCUAUUCAUGAGCUUGAACAAAAAGUUAUUUGGAAAAAAAAAAAAAAGAACUAGAGCUGAUUUGAUCUUAUUUUUUUGUAAUGAA